AUGAGUCGACCGUCACCUUCGGCCUACCUCAUCGCAGUGUAUGUGGCCGUGCCAGCUGUGGUGUUAUUGCUCGCUAUUAUAGUGGUUUAUAUUUACUGCACCAAAAGACAUCGACUCAAUUGGUAUCAGAGGACGUUACUCGAGGAAUAUGAUCGCGGUACGCUUGGACCGUUACUGUCAGAAGGAGCUAAAACGGGACUAAUGUCCGGAAAAGGCGGUCGUGGUAUGCGAUCUAGUAGCUUAAAAUCUGAAUGGAUGAUUUACGUCAAAAAAAUGGGAUCCAGUCCCAGUUCACCAACUAAUGAUGCCAGUGAAAAGUUUUGGGUACCACCAAAUGUGCUGGAACGUAAACGUGCCCAAAGCUUGGUACCGUCUUUAUCGAGACAGGACUCCGAUGAAGAAAUCAGCUCAGGAGUCACCACACCGGCAUCCAUUCCAGGACUUCGGGAAUUCACAUUCAACUUUCCAAGUGAAAAAAUCGUCCAGCCCAUAAUGAGUGUUGAUGGCCUGCCGUCGACGCCACCACCGGCGUACACAUCUAGACGUAGAGCGUCAAUGCAUGAUGCAAUAGAUCUCACCAAAAUUGAUGCUAGACUCUAUGAGAAAAAGCCUUUGGUGAGACAGACUUCCGUAUCGUCCAUUCAAGAAGACAAUAAUGGAAACAUUCAUUUUAGUUUGGAAUACAACAAAGAAACUUCAAUAUUAACUGUCCAUUUAAUACAAGCUCAGGACCUCGUCCCUAGAGACUGUAGCAGCACCUUAGAUCCGUAUUGUAGAGUCUCAUUGUUACCGGAUCGUCGGGGAGACCUUCAGAGUAAGAUUCAACGUAAAACUUUAAAUCCGAUUUUCGAGGAACCUCUUAUGUUUGAGCUAGGAGCUAAUAAGCUGCCCUCGACAACGUUGGAAAUUCUAGUGUUUGACUAUGAUCAGUUCUCACAGGAUGAGUGUAUUGGUCAACUCCAUGUGUCUCUAGAUACUGUGGAUUUCAGUGAAAAAACCAUUCUUUGGAAGGGACUAAUGCCUCCUGAUAAACCGAAAGACCAUGAAGAAAUAGGAGAUAUUAUGUUUUCCAUGUCCUACCUACAGAGUGCUGAGAGGUUAACAGUAGCCGUUACCAAAGCUAGAAAUUUGAGACAUCCUGAAGAUGGGAAGUUAUCGUUAGAUCCAUACACGAAGGUCACGUUAAUUCUGUCGAACCGGAAAACCAAGAAGAGGAAGACCAGCACGUCUCGUGGAGAUUGCAAUCCGGAAUGGAACGAAGCUUUAGUAUUCAAUUUACCUAACGAAUAUUUGGACACAAUAUGCAUUGAUGUUAGUGUUUUCCAUGAAAAUAAGAUCGGAAACGACGAGUUAUUAGGUCGCGUUCGAUUAUCGGGCGACUCGGAUGGCGAUGAAAAUAUCCAUUGGCAAGAUUUAGUCAGUUCUAAGUGUGCUCGAGCUCGGUGGCAUCAUCUGUCCUGA